GCCCAUCUAGAGAAUAGGUGUAGUCAGCAUUCACUCGUAAUUUCUAUCUCUAACCCCUCAUCUCCCGCCCCUGCUCUUCAUAAUCUUUUCUACUUUCUGAUUCUUCUAUCCACAGAUGAAUGCUUAAGAGUGCCUUAGGUGGAAUCACGAUAUUCAGGGCCACAUCUUCAAAUAUCGCAAGGUAGAAUAUGUAUAUCUAAGUAUUCUAGACACAUGAUUCAUUCAUUCAUUCAUUUUACUCCACAUAGAAAUAUAUACCUGGUUUCAUGUGUGGAUGUUAGUUCUUCUUCUUGAACUACUGUGCGACUGUUAGUUUUGACAAGAAAGAUUGUCAUUGUCUUCAUCCGACGUUCUGUGGUUCUCCUUAAAUCCACGUGCUUCCCUCGGUCUUGGCAACCACGAGAAAGCACCACGAGCCUGUCUUGCGUUCGAACUUGCAGCGCGCAUCGCAAAGAAAGUCAUCGAAGAGAUGAAGAGCAACUUCUUUGAAGCGCAGCACCGCGCCGAAGAUCCGGAUAAUAUAUCAGAAAAUUAUGAUGUCGCAUCGCGGCCGAGCAACUUGAACCUGAGGCCUUCUAGUGCUAUUCCAAACGAAGCGCCGCCUUCCGUUCCGAGUAGCGACAGUCAUAUCGGCAUUGAACAUCUACCAGAAGGUGCGACGUCGACGACCUCAGCUGCCGCUCCAGUUGAACCGAGAAAUAACGCCCCUGCAUCGAAACGAGCAUCAGCCUCAGCGGUAACGCAUGUCUCGAGCGUUCUUGGCCGGCCAAAACGCAACAGUGGCUCUGCAGUAGUGGGUCAAAUGUCAACCGCGGUAGGCACCAUUCCCAAGGGGGAAUCAUCAAGCAACACAUUCUCACCUGGAAUGACGCCUGGUGCUGAUACUACAGCCGCGACGCUCGGGAGCGUAACAAAUCAAACCUUGGGGCCAACAUCAGCAUCAAACCUGAAGAACAUGGACUCGUCAUCUGCACCAGAAAACAUCGCUGGUACGAUGCCGCUGUCUCUUCGGGCUGCGGCAAUGAAGGGUGGCUACAUGGGCAGUGCGAUGUUAGGCACAUUCCUGAACAAACAAGGCACUGUUGACGUGAAUUACAACGAGAUCGUCCACGCAUUAGGUCUCUCCGAGACCACGGACGAGAGAAAGCGCAAGGAAGUCGCGAACACGGCGCUGAUGAGGGUACUCGAACAGAGCAGCGGAACCGCCAACCAUUUCAGCUUUUUUGAUGAAAGCGGUACGACAUCAACCGCUGCUGGGACGAGCCACCAACCACCAGAGUCAAGAACGUUGAUGAAUGCGACUUCCGCGGUCCCUGCUCCAACGAUGGCGACGACUUCGGCACUGCUUAGCCAACAAAUAUACGAGGCGCAACUUUAUGUGCAGCAGAUCCAGCAAUUUGAAGCAUUGCGGGCACAACUCGCGGAGCUGAGAGCGUCGGGCGAGCAACAGGAGCAAGGUACAACAACCAAUACUGGCACUUCAGGCGAACAAUUCGCGAGUUCCGCCACAAAACAGAUCCAGACGCAAAUGACUAAGCUAGAUAUGAAGAAAAUAUUAUCAUCAAAAGACGCUCCGUCGACGUGUCCUCCCGCUGCAUGGUCAUCGGAUCCACCAGAUGGAACGCCCGCCUCGCUCUUGGGCUUUCACGGAAAGGGCCUCACGGAGGAAAUCGCGCACUUAGCGGACAGAACAGCAAAUUUGCGGCAAUUAGACGAGGACCUGCGCGAGAGACGGUAUAGCCCCGAAGAUGCACACAAGAACGUAGUCGCGAACAAGAUUCUGGAGGACCGAGACCGCGUUGCUAAACUGCUUCUGCAGGUAAGAAGCAUUACCAGUAUGAAGCUAAUCUGAUUGUUCAAUUACGCUUUGCUUGUAAACUUGUACUUCUUGAUGAGACUUUGACUUCUACCUGCAUUUCUUCUAUUUCUAUUAGCCCUACUAACUAGCCGCAAGCGCCUGGUGAUUCUCUUGGGUGAAGGUUCGUCGUGGCACUCUUUUUAACCAACCCGCGCGUUAACAUACAACUGCUCAUUAUAUAAGUAAUUUGAUUGUAAGUCUGUAAACAAUCAGUUAGUUUUCAGUUAUGCGCUUGAGCCUGUCUUUGUCUACGUCGCGCCGACUUCUUGUCUAGUAUUUGAGAAUGACAGCUUCUACUUCUUCUAUCUGGCGAGAGGUCGUGAUUGCGCCCAUCGCAACUACAACUUGUUAUAUUAAUUGACUCACCCCCUCCAGGCUCGUGACGUGUUUGGCCAAACCGAGCGAGAAAGCCUUUACGCCAAGAGUGUGGUGGAGCGUUUGCGGCUCACUAAGACUUUGAUGGAAGAAUUCGACGAGACGCAGGAGCUACACCGCCCCGGAAAUUUACAGUCCAUUUGCUCGGCGCUGCACACGACGCUAGAAGACUACGACGUUCUUACAGGGAGUGUAGACCGUGUCGGGAGGCAAGCACUGAUCAAGCUCCAUGAGAACAUGAAAAAGGCCUUGCAAAACGAGUCUGUGCACAUGGCCAUGAUGGAGGCGCGACAACUGCGGGACCAGCAGCAGACGCUGCAAGCACGCAGUCGGCAAACUAAACUAAAGACACUGGCGCAGCAAGCGCGGGAAGCGCAGAUGCGGUAUCUGACUUGCAAAACCGCGUGGAAGCAAAUGACGAAGAUGCGCACAUAGAUGCGGGUGGACUUGUAGACAAGUAGGGAACAAAAAACAACAGAUGCAGCGCGAGAAGAGCGAAAGAAACAAAAAUUCCAAAGCGAGGUAGAAAGUUGUAUGUAGGAUGACAUAAUUCGUUGAUUGAAUGUCCAGUACUGAAAUAGAUGAGCAGCAAGGUUGUACGCUAAUUAAGAUAUCCCGACUUCAUCAAAGCAACACGAUCACGAAGCCGGUUUCUUAGACUCCUUUUAGUGAGGUAGGUCGUCUAUUGAGCCUAACUACAACUACGCCACAGAAUGAAAGUGCUUUUUUAUUUUGGUGAUGAACCAAAUUGUAGUUGAAUAAAGGUACUUCAUCCUGCGUGCAGGUGCUAUAGGCCUAUUAGGGAUGCACAGAAUAGAAGAUACUUGAAGAUCGAUUGGCUGCUUUAUGUUUUGUUCCAGUGCAUCUGCAUACGAAUAAAAGCUAAUUAUAGAUACUUAUUUAUUAUAAUUAUCAGGAGCAUGUUGUUGAUUCAUCAAAACUAACACUAAGUAGUUUGGUAAUAAGAUAGUAUGAUGAAAGUUCUGUUGUAGAAACAAGCAGAAUUGAGGAUCGACAGAGAAGUGAAGAAACCUAAGCAGGUGAAGAACUACAAGAUUUAGAAGUGAAUUCGAAAUUACCAGUAGAACGACGUCGCCUUGAGUAAUCCCAAACGACAUGAUGUAAUAAAACCAGAAAAGGUGAUGUGGAUAACCAAUCUUGAGAGAAGAAGCUCCUCGUCCUGGUAAAGGCUUAC